CUGCGUAAGCAGGAGAUUGAGGACAGGCUCAAUGCCUGGAUUGUGUUCAAUGAAAAGAAUAAGGAGCUGUGCUCCUGGCUGGUACAAAUGGAAAGCAAAGUGUUGCAGACUGCAGAUGUUGGCAUUGAAGACAUGAUAGACAAAUUGCAGAAGGAUUGCAUGGAAGAAAUAAACCUGUUUAGUGAAAAUAAGCUUCACUUGAAACAAAUGGGUGAUCAGCUAAUCAAGGCUAGCAACAAGAGCCGAGUUGCAGAAAUAGAUGAUAAACUCAACAAAAUCAAUGAUCGCUGGCAGCAUCUCUUUGAUGUCAUUGGAGCACGGGUGAAGAAACUGAAGGAAACAUUUGCUUUUAUACAACUAUUGGACAAAAACAUGAGUAACCUUCGCACCUGGUUGGCCCGGAUUGAGUCUGAGCUUUCCAAGCCUGUUGUUUAUGACAUCUGUGAUGACCAAGAAAUCCAGAAGAGACUGGCAGAACAGCAGGAUCUGCAACGAGACAUAGAGCAACACACUGCAGGGGUGGAAUCCGUGUUUAGUAUUUGUGAAGUCCUGCUACACGAUUCAGAUGCGUGUGCGAAUGAGACAGAGUGUGACUCCAUUCAGCAAACUACUAGGAGUUUGGACAGACGGUGGAGAAACAUUUGCGCCAUGUCUAUGGAAAGGCGAAUGAAAAUUGAGGAAACCUGGCGCCUAUGGCAGAGGUUUUUGGAUGACUACUCUCGCUUUGAAGAUUGGCUAAAAUCAUCUGAAAGGACAGCAGCUAAGCCUAAUUCUUCAGAGGUUUUGUACACACAUGCAAAGGAGGAGCUGAAGAAAUUUGAGGCAUUCCAACGGCAAAUUCAUGAACGACUCACUCAGUUGGAGCUGAUCAACAAACAGUACAGGCGCCUCGCCCGCGAGAACCGCACCGACUCAGCCAGCAAGUUGAAGCAGAUGGUACACGAAGGCAACCAGCGCUGGGAUAAUCUCCAGAAACGAGUCGCUGCCAUUCUGAGGAGGCUCAAGCACUUCACCAAUCGGAGAGAUGAGUUUGAGGGGACGAGGGAAAGCAUCCUUGUUUGGCUCACAGAAAUGGACCUCCAGCUGACAAACGUGGAGCACUUCUCAAAAAGUAACUUUGAUGACAAAAUGCGCCAGUUAAAUGGUUUCCAGCAAGAAAUAACACUAAACACCAAUAAGAUUGAUCAGCUAAUCGUUUUUGGGGAGCAGUUAAUUCAGAAGAGCGAACCUUUGGAUGCUAUCCUGAUUGAAGAUGAAUUGGAAGAACUUCAUAGAUACUGUCAGGAAGUUUUUGGGCGAGUGGCCCGGUUCCAUCAAAGACUGACUUCAAGGCAUCCUAGAUUGGGUGAUGAAAAAGAGACCUCUGAAAAUGAGACAGAUCCAGAAGACUCCAGAGAAAUCCAGAGUGAUCCCUGGCAUAAGAAGGCCAUCAGUGAGGGGCCCUCUUCACCACAGUCCCUUUGCCACCUUAUGCCCCCUACUCAAGGUCAUGAAAGAUCAGGCUGUGAAACCCCUGUCAGUGUUGACUCCAUCCCACUUGAGUGGGAUCACACAGGUGAUGUGGGAGGUUCUUCCUCUCAUGAAGAUGAAGAAGAAGCGACAUACUACAGUGCUCUGUCAGAUGUAGAAAUCACUGAAAAUCCUGAGGCAUAUCUUAAAAUGACCACAAAAACUUUGAAAGCAUCUUCUGGAAAGUCUGUUUCAGAAGCUCAUCCUUGGCAUUCUCCAGAUAGCCCAGUCUGCAGGAAACACCGAUACAACCAGGCAGAGAUGGCUGGAAAUGUGUUGUCUGGUCCAGAGACAAGUACUCCCUAUAAGCCAGAUUAUGUGGAGCAGCUCAGCUCUGCAAGCAGCGGCAGCAUCAACAAGGAGAAAAUUACAUCUGCUAACAUGAGUGAUGAAGAACCCCAAGACGAACAAGAACUUGUGAAUAUAGCAGCUGCAGAGAAGCAGCCAGGCAUUAUUGAUAGGUGGGAGCUCCUCCAAGCUCAAGACCUCAGAAAUAAACUUAGGAUGAAACAGAAAUUGCAGCAGUGGCAGCAGCUGAACUCUGAUCUCAGUGACGUGUCUGCUUGGCUUGAUAAAACUGAGGAAGAGCUGGAAGAGCUGCAAAAAGUGAAACCUCCAACCAGCAUGCAGGCGUUGGAACAAAGGGUCAAGAAAUUGAAAGACCUGCUUAAAGCAUUUGAUAACUACAAGGCAGUGGUGCUUUCCAUUAACCUGAGCAGCAAAGAGUUCCAGAAAGCAGAUAGCACAGAGUUCAAAGAGCUUCAGAACAGGCUUCGGAAGGUGAACUUGCAUUGGGAGAAAGCAACUCAUGCGUUGGACAACUGGAGGAAAGGUUUACAACAAGCCCUACUGCAUUGCCAGGACUUCCAUGAUCAGAGCCAAAAACUAAUCCUGUGGCUAGCAAGUGCUGAUAGCCGAAGGAAUGAAGCACAAAUCACAGAUCCAAACGCUGACCUCGGUACAAUACUGGAAUGCCAAAAGGAGCUAAUGCAACUGGAGAAAGAGCUGCUGGAAGAACAGCUUGAAGUAAACUCACUUCAAGAACUCACUACUUACCUGCUGCUUAAAUCAGAUGGUGAUUACAUUGAAGCUGAUGAGAAGGUCCAUGUCAUUGGCAGGAAACUGAAACAGCUUAUUGAACAAGUUUCACAUGACUUAAAAACAAUACAAGGAAAUCUGGAUACCAGAGCAUUCCUGCUAGUUCCAGAUGACUUGGACUCAGGAGUCUAUAAUCCAGUUGCAGCGAAAUCCAGCCCUGCUGUGAAGAAGAGGUGA